CUCAUCGUCAACAACACCUCAAAGCUCUACCUCAACACCUAUAAAUACGAAUCAGCACACUACUUCUCACCACAAUCUAGCCCUUCCAUAUCCCCUCUACCUGAAACACCACCUCCUCUCCCUCCCUCUCUCCAUCCUCACCGCCCACCAACAACAAAUCCACCACAAUCAAGGGGGAGGGGGGGAAGGGAAGUGGAAAGUCGGCGCUUGGAUGCAGCCCCAAACAUCUGCACAUCUGGCCUGUUGUUUGCUGCUGCUGCUGCUGCAGUGCAGGGAUCCUCCUCUCUGCAGCCACAACCAACAGAAAAGCCCUCUGUCUCGCACCCUCCCCACCCCCAUCGGAAAAAGCGUUUUGCACUGCAUUUACUUGCGACAGCCCCGUGCGUGCACGGACUUCUUGAUGGAGAAAGUACCGGUACUGUAACUAGUGAGGGAGUAUAGUGCUGUGGUUAUAUAAGGAGUAGGUACCUAGUUCUGGAUCUUUGGGGGGUGGGGGAGGUGGUUUAGUCAUUCCCUGCAUAUGUUUGUACAGUUGUACAACCAACUGAAUUGAACUCGUGGCUCGACUUGGAACAGGCAAAUACUGUACACUGCAGUACUUAUUCCUGGUAACUAGAUAGACAAGUACGGUAGGUCACUGGUUGUUACAGAGCAAAAGGAGAAGAAUUCAAGGAUCCCCGAGUGCAAAACAUCAUGCAGCGGAUGAUCCAACAACAUGCAAAACUCUGUAGAAGGUACAGAGUACGUUAUAUGUUAUACAUACUAGAUUCAGGCUUUGGCUUCAUGCGAGGAAUAACUUGGGAAGGAGAUGAACUGUAUACGCCUGCCUGCCUGCCUGCCUGUCUUCCUGCG